AUGAUUUUCAGGCAUCCUUCCAAUCAACCAAUUUAUGUUGACGGCCCAUUUCGCGUCUGGGUGAACGACCAGUCGUUUUUUCACUUUGUUCUACGAGCUUCGCCGAAGGAACAUGUCCACUUCGAAACUUUCAGAUCAGACGAACCUCCAACUGCGGACGAAUGGGCCAACUGGCAAACAAAGUACACAGCGGAAUUUCCCGAGUCCCGGCGUGAAGUAAUCCAAUUGCCGACUAUCCACGAACAGACCGACGGAACCAUUUUGGCCAUCGCCAUCACUGGAACCAGUAGCAAGGAGUCGCUGAUGUGCUGGAUCAAAUUUUUACAAACAGCUAACCCAAAGUUGAAACAUAUUCCAGUAAUUUUCCGCCUAAGACAUGCUCUUGGCGAGGUUGCUACGAACUUUAAACCUGAGACUGCAAACGUUGCUGCUGAAACUGUUGGAUCAUAG